AUGAUUACAGACAUUCAGUUGGCAGUUUUCUCGAACAUUCUAGGAGUUUCCAUCUUUUUAUUGGUUAUCCUCUAUCACUAUAUCAGUGCGAAUAGCUCAAAAUGAAUGGUCAUCGUCAUAAAUAGACACAAUAAAUUAUAUUUUUACAGUAGGAAACUGUAAUAUGUUAAGAUGUAAAUAAAUUAAGUUUUCUUAUAUAUAAAUAUUGCUUUUAUUUUGUCACUCUAAACAAAUAAUAUGUAUUGAACUGUCAUUAUGUACUCUUAAUAAAUAAAUUGGUAUA